AUGCAAGUCAAGCCAGCGCGGCGUUUAGAUAUUGCCACCCGUAUUACACAACCGAGCUUCGUUCGAGCAUCCGGAAUCAUAUUACAACCAAGUAACUUGGAGAUCUGGGAUCACUACCAACACAAGGAGAAGCCCAGAAACACAACUGGUGAUCCCUGCCCCGCCGUGGUCAACACGAACAUGUCGCCUCCAAGCCUCCCCCCCUCUCCGGAAGCCCACGCGGUAACACCGCCUCCUUGCCGAUCGCAACUGGGAUGCAUUCGCCCCAUUCCCUCUGGUGGCACAUUUGCCGAGGUUGACAACUGGAUUUCCCUCGCAGAUCCCUCUUUUCUGUUUCUGCGUGUGCCCAAGUAA